UGAAAUACACAAGAAGCGCUGCGUUUUGGAAUUUGUUUCGUUUUUUCUUCUCAGAUGAAAUCCGUCCUCCAAUCUUCGGACCAAGUCCAUCAAUGGAGGAUGAUUCACAUACCAGGCGAUCAAACCCUAACCCUAAAUCGAACUUCGGGAAACAGGGCAACAAUAGAGGUUCGGAGAAGAAGAAGAGCGAGUUCGUGUUUUGCAAGGUGUGCAGACUGAACCACGACCAGGGGCUGCGCCACAAGUACUUCCCCAAGCAUAAGAGCUCGCUUUCCGCUUUUCUCUCUCGAUUCAAGACUAAAAUCGAUGAUGUUCUGUUCUUCAUGAAAAACCCUACCAUUCUUCGCCACGAACACGCCCCUCGCAAUCGAUUUUGGUGCGUCUUCUGCGAUGCCGAUGUUGACGAGCUCGAUAGCUCCUUUUCCUGUGAAAAUGCAAUUAAUCAUCUGGCGAGUGCACGUCAUUUGAAGAAUUUAAAGCAUUUUCUGUGGCAAUAUGGUGGUGGGAUGGAUUGUUUGGAUGCUUUCAGAGUUCUGGAUGCUGAUAUAGCUAAGUGGGAGAAGAACUGCAAAUCAUUGAAGACAGAAGCUGUGGAUGCUAGUAAAGGAUCUUCUGAAGUGCCAUAUGGAUCUUCAAAUGAUAUCCACCGUAGACUCAACAAUGAAAACAUAACUAAUAUUGAUCAAAAUACUGUUAACCAUCUUCAAUCAAAUCAUUUAAAUCCUGUUAACCCUUUACAGUAUCAUACAUAUGAGUAUCAGAUAUCCCAUUCAGGAGUUAAUGGAGUUGCAAAUAUUGGUACAAACCAUCAUGGUGUUACAGUUUGUUCAGCUCUUGACACAUAUUCUGAUUUGAGUUUAAGCGAUUCAAAUGAAUUGAGAGGUAAUGGCACCAGUCAACAGUGUCUCUUUUACAAUGGUGGAAUAUGUUCAGGCAAUAAUUUUCUUAGUUAUGGAGGGGCAUACCAGCCAUAUCAGGAUGGAAGUACAGUGCAUGGAGAGGACACUUCUACCCAGGGUUUGCAGACCAUAACUCAAGUUGCUUCCAUCACCAUAGAACAGGCUGGAGGAAAUGUGCAUACUGGAGCACCUCCUCCUUGGUUCGAAACAACUGAUGAAACUCUUCUAGAUGGUCAUGUGAGACCAGUUUCUGUAAACUUUGAUUCUCCAAAUAAAUCAGGGAAAUCUCAGAAGUUGAACCCACAGAGAGUGGGGGCCGCCUGGGCUGAAAAGCGAAAGAUGGAGUUGGAAAAGGAGAAGAAAGGAGAAUUUGUGAAGAAUGAAUUUGAUGAUGCUAACUGGCUUCCGAACUUUGGUAGGGUUUGGCAAUCAGGUAGCCGAAAGGAGUCUAGAAAAGAAUUUGAGAAGGAGAAACAGAAAUUACUCAAGGUUGUAAAUGAUCCUGAGAUACCGGUUAACAUAGAGCCUUAUGUCAGCAAAAGAAUGCGAAGUGACGGGGAUGAACAAUGACAAUAGUGACCAUGUGAUCAGAAAGGGGUCUCUUAAGUAAAUCUCAGAUUCAGAAGAAAUGUAUCUUCUUUGCUUUCUUUUCUCCAAAGUUAAAUUUAAGAUCAAGCAAAGAAAUUUUUGGGAACGGCAAUUGCUGGUUAAAGUGAAGAUCACCGGAAGAUGAUUGGUAAAUGUUGAUGGUCCUGAAUGUAUGAAAAGUGGAUCCUUAUAGCCAAAUGUUGUAUAUGGCACAAAUCAGAAGUUCCCGUUAAGCUAAAUAUUAGGGAGUGUUUGGUAUGUUCAAGAAUCCCAUGAAGUACCCGGCAAGUUUAUCUCAAGAAGUGUCAAGGGCCUGUUUGAUUACAGUAUCACUUUAUCAAGAAACUUUCCUUUGGAGAAAGUAGUUAAAAAAGUAUUGCAUGGAAAGUUAAAAAAUAUUAUACAUCAAGUUACAACUUUUGUAAUAAAAUUUUGAUAGAAUU